AUGUCCGUGGUCUCUAAGAACCCCUUCGACCUCCUCGGUGACGACGGUGAGGAGCGCUCUGCCGGCGCCCCCGCUGCUGCUUCCAAGGCCAAGGCUACCCCUGCCCCCGCUUCGCAGCAGCCUAAGGUCGUCCCCGGCGCUGCCCCCAAGGGCGGCCGUGGUGCGCGCUACCCCUCGCGCGGCGGACCCCGCAACGUCUACCGCGAGGAGCGCGCCGUUGAGGGUGGUAACGACGGCUUUGAGGGCGAGCGUGUCGCCCCCCCUAGGAAGGAGCACCAGGGCCGUGACCGCCACACCAAGGGCCCCCGUGAGGACCGCACUCACACCGGCCCCCGCUCGCGCGCCCCCGGCGCUGCCCGUGGCGGCAAGGGUGCCCGUGGUGGUGCCCGUGGCGGCGCUGCCGCCCCCGCCGGCGAGAAGAAGCCCACCGAGACCUGGAACAACGACGAGGGCAAGGCUGAGCUGACCGCCGAGAACCAGGGUGAGAAGGACGCCGUCGCCGACGCCGCCGCCCCUGAGGAGGAGACCGAGGAGGCUGAGCCCGAGGACAACUCCAAGACCCUCGACCAGUACCUCGCCGAGCGGGCUGAGGCUGCCCUCUCUGGCAACCUCGGCAAGAAGGAGGCCCGUCAGGUCAACACCGACGACGUCAAGGGCACCGAGUUCAAGCGCGAGGACCCCGAGGAGUUCUUCGUCGGCAAGUCCAAGCCCAAGGCCGAGAAGGAGGCCAAGGCCAAGAAGGAGAAGAUCUUCGUCGACGGACAGUUCGCUUCCCCCGCUCGUGCUCCCCGCACUGAGCGCCCCGCUGGUCGCGGACGUGGCGGCAACCGCGGUGCCGCCCGUGGCCAGGGAGCUCCCCGCGGUAACGCCCGCGGCGGUGCCGUGGCCCCCGCCAGGCCGCCGUUGACGCCAACGACGAGUCGUCGUUCCCCGCCCUUGGCUCGAAGCUUCAUCUACGCCGCCAUCAUCGCCGCGGGCGGCGCGAUGGGCUACAUUAAGAAGGGGUCGGUCGCGUCUCUGGCCAUGGGCGGCCUCUCGGGCCUCCUCGCUGCCAUUGGCGCCUACAACCCCCGCAACGUCCGCCUGUCCCUGAUCGUCACCUUUGCCCUCAGCGGCAUCAUGGGCAUGCGCUUCAUCAGGUCGCACAAGUUCAUGCCCGCUGGUCUUGGUCCUCUCCCUCCUCAUGCUGUUCCGGUAUGGCGCCCGCAUUCCCCAGUAAAGGACUCUAUGAUGCAGUUUUGGAAGAAGCAAUGUGAACAAGAAUGCUGA